AUGAAAGAACGCAGCGACAAUAAGUCAAAGGAAACGGUCUCCCAAAUUGAGAUAAACCCUGUUCUCUCAACCGUCGUUUCGCUCGACGGACGCGAGAUCGAGAUCCACCAAUUGGAUGCCGACGUCGCUCUGCAGUACCAUCAGGAUGCGAUGGAUCUGGUCUUGGACCCACAAUUCGAGCGCAAGCUGUUGCGCAAGAUAGACUGGUGUCUCAUGCCGGUCAUUGCUGCGCUCAUGUCCUGCCAGCUGAUGGACAAAACAACCAACUCCUACGCUUCGAUCAUGAAUCUACAGAAGGACCUCAACAUGUCCGAUAAGGAGUACAGCUGGGUCGGGAGCGCGUUUUACUUUGGAUACCUUAUCUUCCAGUUUCCAGCAAACUUGCUGCUGCAGAAACUUCCUCUCUCCAAAACUCUGGGAACAGCAGUCAUCAUCUGGGGUAUCGUUUUGAUGUGCCAUGCAGCCUGCUCUAAUGCUGCUGGAUUUCUUGUCUGCCGCGUGAUUCUCGGAAUCUUCGAGGGCUUCAUGAACCCUGCAUAUGUUCUUCUUACCAGUCAAUGGUACCGCAAGAGCGAGCAGUUCAUGCGUGCCUCUAUCUGGUGGGGAUUUCAGGGUUUUGGCACUCUUCUGGGAGCAGGAAUCGCUUACGGUCUUGCAGUGCACCGCUCAGGUAACUACUCUUUUGCCUCCUGGAGAAUGUUGUACAUCAUCACCGGAAUCAUCACUAUCUUUUUGGGUGUUCUCUCUAUAGUUCACGUUCCGGAUUUGCCCGUUAAAGCAUGGUUCUUGAACGAGACAGAGAAGAAGUACUGUGUUGAAAGAGUGAAGGGAAACCAGCAAGGCUUUGGAAGCCACAAGUUCAAGCGCCACCAGGUGCUCGAGGCGCUCCAGGACCCGGUCUUGUACUUGUUUUUCAUUUAUGGAAUGUCCUAUGCCAUCCCCAACGGAGGCUUCACCAACUUUGGCUCCAUUCUUCUGAAAGGAGACUUUGGCUUCUCCACACAGAACGCGCUGCUAAUGGGAAUGCCUGGCGGAGCCAUUGACAUCGUCUUCCCGAUCUCUGUUGCCUAUCUCACUUAUCGCUUCUUGAACAACCGCCGGCUUAUCUCGAGCAUUAUCGUUCAGCUAAUCGCAAUCAUCGGGAUGUGCUGCCUAAACUUCGCGGGCCCCAGGGGGUGGCGGCUGUUUGGGUAUCUGUCUUUCUACAUGGCAACCUCUGUCUCCGCGAGUAUGGUGUCUGUUCUCUCGUCGAAUGUCGCUGGAAGCACGAAGAAGGUCACCUUAAACACGUUUUAUCUUGUCGGCUACUGUGUGGGCAACAUCAUAGGGCCGCAGACUUUCAUCUCCUCUCAGAAGCCGGGCUACGUUGGGGCCAAGACGGCAAUGCUGGUCAGCUUCGCCGCGGGACUACUUUGUAUCGUGUCGCUCCUGCUGCUCUACACGCACAGAAACAGGAUCCGCGACCAAAAGCGGGCUGCCCUGGGCGACAAGUACCAGAUCCCAGAUACCAUUGCUUUUGCCGACCUCACCGAUAUCGAGAACCCGGAGUUUAGAUACUCUUUAUAG